AUGUAAGAAUAUUAUUCUUACGUACACCAUUUCAAAUACUGUUAAAGAUUGCAACCAUGUUCCUUGUCGUUUAUUUGCUUUUUGGAUUAGUCUUUGUUAAUGGAGUCAAUACAAAAUCAAUUCAAAACGAGACUGUGGACGAGAGUAAAUUUGUGACAUUUGAUAUGUUGAAUAAUUGGAAAAGAAAUAUGACAGACUAUAUAACACAUAUGGUUGAACAGAAUUCUAUUAAAGAGACAAAAAAAGUGUUCUUCCAUGCAAAAAUGUCGGCCACUGAUACAACGUAUAAUAAGAACUCCAUUGUUAAAUUUGGCACGUUGCUAUUCAACGAAGGAAAUCAUUUCAACCCAGGAGAUAGCGUCUUCGUUUCGCCAAUUUCAGGUGUUUAUCUUUUUUCAUGGACAACUCAAACCUAUUCAGGAAAAAGUGUUAAUACAGAACUUAGAGUUGACAAUAUCAUAAAGGAAACGCUCCAUGCUGAUCUUGGUUCAGCCGCUGGACGUUUGUCAGUUACGCGUGUUGUUAUCUUAAAGAUCGAUUCAAAUGAUCAUGUAUGGAUACAAACCAGUGACGUUUUCUCUGAAAACUUUUUUGAAUAUGCCUAUAACACCCAAAGUUCAUUCACAGGUGUUCUUUUAUUCUCAAUAUAACAUAUUCUAUAAAUUCAAUUUUCUAUAUACAUUUUGGUUUUGUUGUGUUGUCAUUUAUUCGUAAAAAAUGCCUAUACGUUGUAUUUGUUAAAAUCUUCUAUAUUCAGUAUUAGUCGCUAUUCAUGAAUCACAAACAUAGGUUGUACUUGUUUUUCUUCAAUUUAUAUAGAAUAUUAUACAAUUGUAAUCAUCAUGUGUAUGUUUCAUACAAGCUGUAAUUGCUUAACAAAUAAACUCCUUUAUAGUCUUUUGCCAUGUUUA